AUAUUAUCAACAUCCCUAGGAAUCGGCGUCGCGUGGCUGCAUUAGAUUAGACAAAACAAUAUAAAUAUCAGCAGUGGUUUCGGUUUAUAAGAGAAAAGGUUCGUGACGGACCCGAGGAAUCCAUGGCCACCGACACGGUGUCUAACGGAGAGAACUACGCGCAGCAUCUAGCCGCCAACGGCAACGGCGACGACGAGGUAAUAUGCCCCACAUGCGACGUGAAGAUCAAGCGCAGUCAGGUGGCCGAUCACUGUCAGAUGGAGGUGGACCGCCUGCACAAUCCGCCAAGCGUUAGCAAUCCAGAGGUGACUCCGGGACCAGCAGCUGCGUCUACAGCCCAGUCGGGAUCGGGGGGCAGGCAGCCGUGGAGCGUGUUUCAGCGCGUGCAGCGCAACCGGCAGGCCCGACAGCGCCAGCGCACAAGGAAGCGUCCCUCGUCGCCGGCGGCGCCUCCUUCUAGCGGAGCUGCAGCACCAGUGACAACAUCAGUUCCAGCUGCAACUCCAGCAGCUCCUCCCCGGGCUGCUACACCAGAAACCACUCAACUAGCCAACUGUCCCGUAUGCAAUCGCAACUUCCCACAGACCAAUAUACAGGAGCACGUGAACCAGUGUCUGCGCAACAGCCGUAGAAACGGAAAAGCCAAUGGGGAGCACUCUAGCGAUGAUUCUGAGGACAGCGACGAAUACGAGGAGUACGAAUGGGCGGGCCAGAAGCGCAUACGCGUAUCCACUCUCGUGCAGGGUGGUUACUCAGCCUUGGGCCUUGGCCAGACGAUCAAGUACAAUGGCAGCCAACAAGCGCAAGACGACGAGGACGAGGAUCUCAAUGUGGACGAGGACGAUACGCACAUUUACGGGCCAACGCAGUACGGCGAGGGCGACGUAAUUCCAGUAACCAACGAGGACACCGACGGCAACAUUUCUGAGGUGGAUGUCACCAGCUACAUGCGCCGGCUCAUCUCCUCCAGCGAAGGGCCCAAGCCCAAUCAUUCCAGCGAAGCCACCGAAGCAGAAACUGUCACUGCCACCACCGCCAAGCAGCAGCCGACCUGCGAGGAGCCGUCCACAUCACGCUCAACACGAUCCGCCUCCCAGAACCAGCAGCAUGUCAUCGAGUCCCUUAAGGCCAAGCUGCGACUCUACGAGAAUCAGGCGCAGGGCAAAUACAAGUGCCUGAUCUGCCUCGAAGACUACAAGAAUCCCGCCAUCUCCGUUUCUUGCUGGCACGUACAUUGCGAACAGUGCUGGCUGAAGACGCUCGGAGCGCGCAAGCUGUGCCCACAAUGCAAUUCGAUCACCACGCCAAAGGACCUGCGUCGCAUCUACCUGUAGUAUGGUGUGGAGCAGGAGGCAUGGACUCCAGUCAUCUGAAUUGUUAUUCCCGCUUGCGCCAGACGCCCGGCUUUGCGCCCUUCCGCGGCUGUAGUUUAUAGUCCUACACAUAUUAUUUAUAAAGAUAACACCUAUGAUACGUGACAUUACAAUAAGCAUUAACAUGUAACUAUUACAAUAAACCCCGGACAAGCAUCAGUAUCUGUUAUAUAUACGUUAAAGUAUAUGGAAGAGCUAUCUUAGAAACUAUUUCAAUAAACCUACGGCAACACAUUAAUCUUAAGAAAUGGAAGGCUAUUAAAAGUAUGUUCAUUUUUAUUUAAAUUCCAAA